AUGCAGAUUCUUCAACCAGCACCGACGCUGGCCACCCUCCUGGUGGAGGGAGCGGUGAACGCGACACUCGGGCUGGUGGGGCGCCACGAGGAAGGGGAGGACGACGAUGAGGACGACUCGCCGACGGUGGCCAAAGCGGUCACGAUGGUGGUCCUGUUCAGUGCCAGCAUGCUGUGCGGGCUGUUGCCCUUCCAGCUGGUCCGCUGGUUCAAGAUCAACCCGGAGGCCCCGUCGGGCAAUCAUCUGUUCUUUAUCCGCCUGCUCCUGUCGUUCGGUGGUGGGGCCCUGCUCAGCACCACGUUCCUGCACCUUCUGCCCGAGAUUAACCACUCGAUCUCGCUCCUGGUCGAGAGCGGUGCGUUGCCGCCUCCGGAAGAUCUGCCCUUUCCGCUCGGUGAGUUCCUGCUCACCGGCGGCUUCUUCGUGAUUUACCUCAUCGAGGAGAUCGUGCACUGGUGGAUGCACCGACGAUCGGCGAAAGCACGGGCAGCGGUCCGAGCCGGCCCCGCCACCAUCCAGAAAGAGCCGCUGGACAGCUCGGGGAUAGUGGCCGAAUCGAAGCACUCCCAUUCCCAUCAUGCCAGCAACCACUCGCACCUGCCGAUCGGGAACGUCAGCUACCCGGUGACCGACGUCGACGGAAGGCAGGUCGUGCCGGACCUGAACGGGGACGUCGUGGUGAGCGAUAAGCCGGAACCGGAGCCCAGUUCGUCCAGUACCAUGCGAGGGCUGCUGAUCGUGCUCGCCCUCUCGAUCCACGAACUGUUCGAGGGUUUGGCGGUGGGCCUGGAACGCUCGCCGUCGGCCGUGUGGCUUCUGUUCGGGGCCGUCGCAGCCCACAAGUUCGUCAUCGCGUUCUGCGUCGCAUUCGAGCUGCUGGUGGCCGCGGUCCGGUUCCGGGUGGCCGUGGCGUACAUCUUCGUCUACUCGGUCGUCAGCCCGCUCGGGAUCGGCAUCGGUAUAGCGCUCAGCUCCGUAAGCGAUGACGCGAACGACACGAUCGAGGUCGUCUCCGUUGUCCUGCAGGGGAUGGCCAGCGGGACGCUGGUGUACGUGAUCUUCUUCGAAAUUCUCGCCAAAGACUCGGGCCACAGCCACGGUGGCGGCGGCGGUGCUCCGGGUGGUGGUGGUGGUGCGGCUAAUGGAGCGCACGAGUCCGACGGUGGCCACAGCCACGAUCUGCCCGCGACCAGCGGCCUGUGGCAGUUCUUUGCCGUGCUGGUCGGGUUCGCGUUGCUACUGGGCAUUCAGAUUGCAACGGAACACGAACAUAGCCACAGCCAUGGAGGAUCGGACGACCAUGACCACGAUCACGAGCAUCAUCACUAAGCGGGAAGCGUGCCGGACCGAACUUAAUUAGUAAAUUCGAGAUGACAAGGAACGUGCCACCUCCAUGUCACACAUUCCACAGCGCGAGUCACGUGAGGCAGCAAUAGGAGCUGUUAGUGACGCGAGAGUGCCCCGCGUGUCCCGCGGGGGAAAGCAAAUGUGAUACAUUCUGUAAAGUGAGUAAUACGUAUUGAAAACCUGUCCGUAAUCUAAACGAUAACCA